UCACACCUACAAGGAGUUCGACUCCCGUAUCAUGCCCUAGUGCUCGACCCACGGUUUGCCAUUUUCGGUUGAGGUUACUUGCCUGACUUCGUAACCGCGAGCCGCUCACAUGUCGUCGCUGCCCCACUGUCGGAUGUCGCGCGCACUUUGGUCAGGUACACCCCACAAUUCGGCCGACCUCACGUGCUCGCUUGAGCGUCGUGCAGCAAGACGAAACAUCGUGCUAGGCACCAAUGUUUGUACCCGAGGUAUAAAGAACAAUGUUUGCUUGGUAGUAAAAGACAUCAUCAGAUCGAUCUUCUCACCAAUUACUCACCAUCCACUACAAUGGCCAAGGUCUCUGGGAUCUGCGACUCUCGCUUUGCAGCUGUGAAGGACUUGCUCCAGUCUAGGAUCGACGCAGACGAAGAACUAGGAGCUUCCCUCGUUGUCAAUAUCAACGGCGAGAACGUAGUCGAUAUUUGGGGCGGCUACGCAGACACCGCCAAAACCAAGCCCUGGGAAGAAAACACCAUCACGAACGUCUGGUCCUCCUCCAAGACGGUUCUCAGUCUCGCAGCCCUCCUACUUAUCGAUCGCGGCCUGCUCGAUCCCUUCGAGAAGGUAUCCAAGUACUGGCCAGAAUUCGGUGUCAAUGGCAAAGAAGAUAUUGAGGUCCGACAUCUGCUCUCUCACUCCUCGGGUGUGUCUGGCUGGGAAGGUCCCAUCACCGUCCAAGACGUCUGCGACAUCCCGACCUCCACCGCCCGCCUCGCAGCGCAAACACCAUGGUGGACUCCUGGCACAGCCUCAGGCUACCACAGCCUGACCAUGGGCCAUCUGCUCGGCGAACUCAUCCUCCGCAUUACAGGAAAGUCUAUUGCGCAAUUUGUCGCCGACGAGCUCGCUGGUCCAUUGAACGCAGACUUUCAGUUCGGCGUCCCCAGCUCCGAGUACCACCGCGUCGCCGAGAUCAUUCCCCCUCAGGCACCGCCGGCAGACUGGAAGCCUGAAGCUCCCACAGACGCGGCAGGCAUUGACAUGACCAGUGUGUUCGCUAAGACGCUGCUCAACCCAAUAAUGGACGCCAACAUCGCCAAUCAGGACUUUUGGAGGAGUGCGGUGGUGCCAGCGGCAAACGGGAACACCAAUGCUCGCGGCAUUGCUCGCCUCCUCUCCUUCAUCUCAUGCAACGGCACGGUUGGCGACACGAAGCUGUUGGACCCAAAGACUGUGGAUCUGAUUUUCAAUCAACAAACACUCGGCCCCGAUCUCGUCAUCACCGCCAAAGCGCGCUUCGGCGUCGGGUAUGGGCUCAAUAAUCCCGGUCCCGGCGGAGCAGGGUACUGGGUACCGGAAGGUAAGAUCUGUUUCUGGGGUGGCUGGGGAGGCAGUAUGGCGAUUAUGGAUGUUGGACGCGGUGUGACGAUAAGCUAUAUGAUGAAUAAGAUGGGAAAUGCGGGGUUGGGGAGUGGGUUGGCGAAGGGGUAUGUUUGGGAGGUUUAUAGGGCGUUGGGGGUCGAGAUCCCGGGGGAGGAGGAUGAGGUGAAGGCGUGAAGAACAGUGACAUGUUGGUGUCAGCAGUGGAAAACAUUGUCUCACACCUUUGGGGCGUCCCAUUGAUCGUAGCGAUAACCUACAGCUAGUGUACGCCAUAUCACGUGUUUAUUAGCAGAUGACUGAGGGAGACUUUCGCAAUCAGCAGAGAUCUCCCUCAAUCG